AGCGCUGCCGAACCAAGCAGCCCUGGACCCAACGACGUGUUCAAGGCUGGAGACCAAUGCACGACUCAGUGGAGCCCUGCAUCGGGCAACAAGUGGAAGAAGAUGACCAUCAGUCUCAUGACGGGCACGAACCAGCACAUGACGAAAUUGGAGGAUAUUGCGACCAACAUCGACGGUACCACGCAGACCUCCUUCUCGUGGACAUGCCCAGAGGUCGAACCGUACAGCGCCAUUUACUUCUACCAGUUCACCGACUCUGACGGGGCCAACCCCACCUGGUGCACUCGCUUCACCAUCGCUUCGGCAGACGGAAGCACCGUUCCGCCUCCUAACGACAAGCAACCCGAGGGAGAUUCUAUUCCGUGGGGAGAGGGAAAGCUG